AGAGUUUCCCCAUUAAUAUUGUGCAAUUCUUUCGUUCGACGCUCUUUCAAGACUGGCAGUGAUAUUACUUCUGAGCUCGUGGCUAAUUUCGCGAUUUAGAGGAGUUAUUAACUGUGUAAGAUAACUGGAUACAUCCACUGUAUUCUGAUCUGUUUAAAACUGCUGAUUGAUCGUUGACUGAAUUUCUCUUGUGGUGAAGGCUGAAGUAUGGCUAGUGCCAGCGGGUUAACGCAACAGGACAAGAAUAUUCGCGAUAAAGUGAAGGUGUAUCGGCCGCUGAUAGAGGGCAUCAUUAACCCUACACAGAUGUUGUCCUCCGCAGAAGCUGUCACUCUCAAACAUUGCCUUGGAGAUGCCAGUGUUCAACUUAUAAAAAGUCGCCAAACUAAUGAAGGGGAUCUAUCGGCCGCGCGCCUAAUGUUCGACACAAUGGAGAAGUGUGAAGAAUGUGGAGUGUGGACAGCUUUUGAUGAUCUUGUACAAAAUGCCGGAUACACGAGGAUCUCCUUAAUAUUGCGCGAAGAGCCGAUGGAAAACGAGGAAAAUGAGGAAAAUAAUAAACAUCUCCUCAAAGUCAUGGGACCUAUCGUCAAACAUAAGAUCGACCCGGUGGUAUUGUUGCCUCAGUUGUUACGGGACACUUUGUCAGAAUGGGAUGGUCAGAAUGUUCGCGCGGAGGCGACGAAUAAGGGAGACAUUUCUGCAACUGUGCUGUUGUUUGACUUGCUGCUGAAGUCCAAGACACGAAACUGGUUUGGCGAUUUCAUGUCUGCUUUGAUUGAAAGUCAACAGCACAAUGUUGCUGAUGAGAUUGACCCUGAUUAUUACCAAGAAUGGAAGAAGUUGAGGUCUGAAGGCAGUAGUUGCACAUCAACGGGAGAUGAAAGUUUGGAAUCUGUGUCAUCGCAGACCAGUGUUAAAAGAAUUUACCAAAACGACGAGGAACAAGAGAUGGAAAUCAGUUAUGACUACCAAGAGAAUAACCUUAACAGAGACGAAUUGCAGUCAGCAAAACCCUUGUCGAAGGAUGUAACAGGUCACACCAAGACCUCCAGUGAGUUGCUCCUUAACGUGGGUCUUGAGACACGAGACAAGCAAAAGUGUUCGGUAUCUGGCGAGUGGACACCCGAUGCUAAUUCUGACAACACAACUUCCAAACAAAGUGUCGACGAUUCCAACACGAGGGAUUUAACGUCAGAUGGAGAAGAAGAUGCAGAACAGGAAGCUGAGCUGCAGUUACGGGAUUAUCAGAAGGAACUUGCUCGGGCAGGACUGGAAGGGAAAAACUGCGUCAUUGUUGCACCAACCGGAAGUGGGAAGACAAUGGUCGCACUGAAAAUAAUUCAGAAACAUUUCUCGAGACAAGACUCAGGAAUCCGAAAGGUUGCGUUCUUGGUGAACAAUGUGGGACUGGCCAGUCAACAGGCGGCAGCUUGCAAAAAGAUCCUUCCGAGUCUGAGAACCAAACUCAUGUGUGGUGGCAACGAGGAGCAACUGAGUCUGAGUAUGUUGUUACCAAUGGUCGACGUUUUCUUUAUGACGGCUCAGAUUCUACUGGACGCUCUGAGAAACAGAAACCAGGAAAAUAUUUCUCUGUCGCAGUUCACGUUGAUCGUGUUCGACGAAUGUCAUCACACCUUCAAGAAACACCCGUUCAACGGCAUUAUGUUUUCUUACAUGGACCAGAAACUCCAGGAGGGUGGGCAAACAAGCCCUCUGCCACAGGUUAUUGGUUUGACUGCAUCAAUGGGAGUGGGUAAGGCCAAAAAUAUAGAGCAAGCCAAAAUGCAUAUUCAGAAACUUUGUGCGAAUCUGGAUGCCAGUCAGAUCUGUACCGUCCAGAAGGCGGUGGGUGAACUUGCGGACUUUGUGCCCGUACCCGAUGAAGAUAUCAAGUCAGUGGAAGGCCGAAGAGAGGACAAGUUUGCCGAUUUUAUCCAAAGUUGGAUGGAUUCCAUCGAGAAGAAAAUCAAAGCCAAAGGUUCCAGCUGCGCAACACUGGAAGACCCCCCGCGUGGAAAGCGAGAUCGCCAGGAGUAUAAACAAUGGAUCAGUAAAAUCCGGAGAGACGUGGCUGUGGUGUAUGAUUCGGACAUGCGCUACUAUUGUAUGAGCUGUAUCAAUUUUGCUCAGAUGUGCAAUGAUGCCUUGAUGAUAAACCAGGACGUACGCACCCGAGAUGCCUUGGAAUAUUUGAAGAAUAAGGUUAGCGAAGUGGAUUCCAGCAGGGUCCAUGCUGUGGAAAAGGAACUGAUUAAGCACUUCAGAGAUAAUCUGGCUUAUCUGGAUACAGUUAGUUCCUCUCCACUCGCUGUCAAUCCUAAGCUACAGGAGCUGAAGAAGAUGAUUUUGCUGGCCUACAAGGAGAAAGAUGAUUCUCGCGGAAUAAUCUUCGUGAAAACGCGAGACCUUGUCCAAGCUCUGCACCGCUGGAUGAUGGAGACGCCAGACCUAGAGUGGCUUAAUCCCCAUAAGCUGGUUGGCCAAGCCACCCAAGAAGAAGGAGGUAUGACACAAAAUCAGCAGCGGGAUGUACUAACAUACUUUAAAGAUGGCCACCACAAGAUACUUAUAGCUACAUCGGUUGCAGAGGAAGGCUUAGACAUCCAGAAGUGCAACCUGGUGAUUCGCUAUGACUACACCACUAACGAGAUCGCCAUGGUCCAGGCAAGAGGUCGUGCUCGGGCGGAAAACAGCAGGUACAUAUCCGUGGUAACGGAAGGUAGAGGGAUUGCUGAAAAGGAACAACUGAACAUGAUGCGAGAGGUAAUGAUGAACAAAGCCAUCCGGGAACUUCAGACAGACAUCGCAACAAACCCUCGGCCAUUUCUGCAGUGUAUUCAGGCACUGCAGGAGGAAAGCAAAAUAGAGAGAGAUCUAGCUGGCAAAGAGUUUGGUGGAGCGAGUUUUGUCGAAGGGGAUUUUCAGCUAAGGUGCCUUACGUGUGACCAGUUCGCCUGUUUCAAUUAUGAUCUCCGUAGAUUUGAAUCUACACAUCACGCGGUGAUUUCUGAAGAUUUCCCAGCCCAUUGCAAUGUGUCCCCUCAUCCGAAACCCACUGUUUUUAGCCAGAACCUUUCAAUGACCGGGAAGAUCUCCUGCCAUAAUUGCCGUCGCGACUGGGGAAUUGUCGCCAUUUACCAUGAUAAGCGGUUAUGCGUAAUCAAGAUCAGUAGUUUUGUCAUCGAAGACUUCCACAAGAAUAGAGAUGUUUGUAAGAAGUGGGAAAGGUCUGGUUCCAAGUGGAAGAACUUAAACCGUCCGAUAAUGAAAGGGUCAGCCGAACUAGCCUGGCCAUUGGUCAGAAGCUGGCUUCUUGUCAUACAAGGGGGUGAGGUGUUUAGGUGACUUGGGUUAUUUAGAGAGCGGUCUCCCAGUCUGAAGCUGCAUUACUGGUGGGGAAAACGUAAAAAUGAUAUAAACUUCAGAUGAAGAAUUUAAAAGGUUAUUUGAUAGUAUGGUUUGCAAAUUUUGAUUUCUCGAUUUUCUUUCAAGAUGAAACAGUCAUUUUUGUAUUGUGGAUAUAUAUGGUUUGAAUUUUGUCUUUUAAAAUGCGUUAAAAUAUUUAUAUUUUUAAUAUAUCCCUAAUUAUUAUCAUAAUUCAGAUUUAACGCAUGUGAUGGCCCAAAACACCCACCGUAAAACAGUUGUUUUCAAAAGACUUUUUCUCUGUAAAGAAAAAUUCGAAAAAGUUAAGACCAUAUUUACAAAUAACGCUUAAUGAAAGGUAAUAAAUGUACUAAAAAAAACCCUUGUGCUAAUAAUCGCUUUAUAAAGUCCACUUGAAUAUUAGUCCUGCUAUGCUUAAUAUCUAUCUAUUAUUAUUGCUUCUUUUAUCCCUAAUCUGUAGUUCCUAAUAUAAAUAAUUUCCUAAGUUUGAAUACAUUUUGUUCUAAAUGUUAAAUCUCAACCUUGUUAUCAUUUCUGAUAUCAAUUAAUUUACGCGAGAAUAUCAUGUAUCAUGUGAUAAUCCUGUGAUAAUCAUCAGUUCUGUAACAUUAUAAAUAUCGACAUCAGUGAGAGUAUGCAGUUAAUGAAACCUCCUGUUGAUUGUUAUCGAUACGUAAAUUGAGAAUCCUGUAAAUAUCAACAGAAUAGUGUAUGAAUAUCAACAGAAUGCUAUAUACGGUACCACACAUGAUAGUUUGUCAGAGUGAACAUAUUUUUUUGCCGUGUAUAUUAUUUAUUAUUUCAAAUAAAUAAUAAGCUACUUGUGGCUACCUCACCGAUGGUGUGAUUACAGAUGAUGUGUGAAAAGUUCAAAUAUAAUAUAUUGCCAUGGUGUAAACAAUGUUUAUAUAGGAAUGACUUUUUAAAAGUAUUUCAACCUUCGAAUCUACCAUAUAUUAGCUGACAUUUAGUUACAAAUAAGGUAAUACAGAAAAUUGCAAUAUUAUAUAUUGUUUUAUGGAUAUUGUGAGAGUUAUUCUUUCAUAUGGAUAAUAAUUUCCAUAACUAUUUUCACUUGACUUUCACCAUGCCUUGAUCUUGAAUUGGUUAAAGAUAAGUCUAUAAAUAUUUCAAUACAAAUAAAAGUGUUAAAUUAUUGACAGUAUGUGAAUAUGAAUGGUUCACCCCUUCGAUUUUAUCCUAAAUGUAUUUGCUUAUAGUUGAAGGAAAUAUAUUGCAAUUUUAUGUAUUAUUGUAUGAAUGCUUUUAGUUUUGAGGUUUUAUCCCUUUAAUCGACAUAGGUUUGUAACGGUGAUAAUUACAUAACGUCCAUGAAGUUUAACAAGUUUGAAAUGAAAUGAUUUGAAUUGAAAUUUUUAGAUGCAUAAUAUAAUGAGCACUUUGCGUUUUUGUUACUCGCUUGAAAGAAAGGUAUACACAGGGUAGGAUACUUCAAGGUUAACAGAGGAAUAAAUUUCA